AUGACCGACGUACUGCCUUCACCUGCUGCCUCUAUCAAAGAAAAGCGCUACCGUUUCGCCACUGAAGUGGUCACCGUCGACAACCCUGACGAUCCUCACCACGCUGCCUCGGUGCCAAUCUACCAGUCAGCGACAUUCAAGCAGACCGGUGCUGGCGGCGGUGGGGACUAUGACUAUUCGCGAAGUGGCAACCCCACUCGUACUCACCUUGAAAACCACUUGGCCAAAAUCAUGGGUGCUAAGAAAGCAUAUGCUGUGACCAGCGGUAUGGGCGCACUCGAUGUCAUUGCUCGCUUAGUUCAGGCCGGUGACGAGAUUGUUGCAGGCAACGACUUGUAUGGCGGCACCAACCGCUUGCUGUCGUUCUUGGCCAAAUCGCAAAACAUCAAGACACACCAUGUGGACACCACCAAGGCCGAGUCUGUCUUGCCGUUCUUGUCUGAAAAGACCAAGCUCGUAUUGCUCGAAACUCCCACUAACCCUUUGAUCAAGAUCGCCGAUAUUCCUACUAUCUCCCAGUACGUGCAUGAAAAGUGCCCCGGCGCGCUUGUCGUCGUCGACAAUACCAUGAUGUCUCCUUACUUGCAACGUCCCUUGGAAUUGGGCGCAGACAUCUCGUACCACUCGGCUACAAAGUACUUGGCCGGCCAUCACGACCUCAUGGCUGGUGUGAUCGGAACCCGUGAUGAAGCAGUUGCGGAGCGAUUGUACUAUGUCAUUAAUGCAACUGGCUGUGGUUUGGGUCCAUUCGAUUCAUGGCUGUUACUGCGUGGUGUCAAGACAUUGGCCGUGCGUAUGGACAAGCAGCAAAGCAAUGCUAUCCGCAUCAACGAGUUCCUUGAACAAUACGGCUUCAAGGUGCAUUUCCCUGGAUCGCGCAAACAUCCUCAAUAUGAACUGCACAAGAAGAUGUCAACCGGUCCUGGUGCCGUUCUCAGUUUUGAAACCGGUGACAUUGCUCUUUCCGAACGUAUUGUCGAGGCUGCAAAGCUGUGGAGCAUCAGUGUAUCCUUCGGCUGUGUCAACUCUUUGAUCAGUAUGCCAUGCAGAAUGUCUCACGCAUCCAUCCCUGCACACAUUCGUGCUGAGCGCGAGUUUCCCGAAGACUUAAUCCGUUUGUGUGUUGGUAUUGAAGACAUCGAGGAUCUGCUAGAUGAUCUCAAGAGUGCCUUGGAACAAGCCGGCGCACUUCCCUCGACUCCUUAA